CGGCUGGGAGGGGGCUGGGCCCGUGGCCGUGAGCGCGGCGGGGCGCGAUGGCGCUGCGCGGCGUGUGAUAGCGGGGCCGGGCCGGGAUGGCGGAGCAGAGGCGCGGCCUGGUGCGGCUGGCGGUGCUGCAGGAGCUCCGGGCCGCCCACGGCAUCAAGGUCAAGAGCGGGAGCUGCCGGGCGGCGGCGGGGAAGCAGCAUCCGACGGCGGCCGGGGAGGGCAAGGUUUUUGGAAUAUCUCUUCAUGCUUUACCUCAGUCACUUGUGCCAGAAUAUGGAACUAUUCCAAACUUUCUUCUUGAUGCUUGCAAACAUUUAGAAGAGCAUAUCCACACUGAAGGACUCUUCAGAAAAUCUGGGGCUGUUGUUCGUUUAAAAACAUUAAAGAGUAAACUGGAUCAAGGUGAAAACUGUCUCUCUGCUGCAUUGCCAUAUGAUAUUGCAGGGCUGCUUAAACAGUUCUUUAGGGAGUUGCCAGAGCCCAUCCUUCCCUCUCAUCUUCAAGAAGCUCUUUUAAAGGCUCAGCAGCUAGGAGAGGAGAAGAAAACUGUUACAAUGUUGCUUUCCUGCCUGUUCCCUGACAAAACAAUUGAUACUUUGCGGUACUUUUUCAACUUCCUCAGAAAUGUGUCCCUGAGAUCCAAUGAGAAUAAAAUGGAUAGCAGUAACCUGGCAGUGAUUUUUGCUCCAAAUCUCUUGCACUCAAGUAAUGAUGAAAAGAUGUCAGUCAGCACAGAAAAGAAGCUUCGUUUGCAGGCCUCUGUUGUGCAGACACUUAUUGAUCAUGCAGGUGAUAUAGGUCAAGUACCAGAGUUUAUCCUGGAAAAGGUGCCAGCCAUGUUGGGUAUUGAUGGCUUGGGUUCUACUCCUUCACUGAAGGGCUACGAAGAAAGUGAAUCUCCUGGUGAAUGGAAAAGGAAGAGACGGCAAAGUGUUGGAGAUAUUGUUAGUGGAGCAUUGAAUAAACUAAAAUCUAACAGAACACCCUCCACUACACCUCAGCGAGACACAAGUGUCCUUCCAUCAGUGACUCCAGUGAUUCUCACUCCAAGCACUAAGCGUAAGCUUCCAAAUGAUUCUUCUCAGGGCUUUUCCAGCAAAAAAAGACGGUCUCUCAAGCAUAGUUUUGGUUUUGAAUUGCUACCAAGUAGUCUUUUUAACAGUGGCUCAACACCAGCAUCAGUUCAAUAUGAAGCAAGUCCUUGUGUGUCUCGGUCAUCUCAGGCUUUGUUGUCUCCAUCAGUCAGCAGUGAAAAGCAUCUGUCUAGCACAGGAAACAGGAGAAGCAAAAGAAUUGCAUGCAAAAAAAUAUGCAGGGCCGAAUCAGGAAAAACUGGCUGUUUCUCUCCAAAGAUUAGCCGAAAAGAAAUGGUUCGCAGAUCGUUACGUUUGAAGUUCAGUCUGGGAAAAAGCAACAAAGAUGUAAUGAAUGUUGCAAGUGGAUGUCCAGCUGUACACAGGUCUGAAAACAUUGGCCGGAGACUUGCAAAUCAACAAGAUCUGGAAAACAGAGUUGAAGAUUCAAAGUCAGAAUUGCUCUUUACCCCAGGUGUUAGUGAAAAAUUUACAAAGAAAGGUUCAAAAAAUAUCAGCAAAUCUGAGGAAAACUUGCUAACGCCAAAAUGUCAUGAUAAAGUAAGUUAUCGAAUGUCAUGGAAUGGACCCAGUAAUGCAGAUUCUCAGGGGACCAGCAACAGUGAGACAAAUCUGAUGGGAUAUCUUGAAGCGGAGACCUGUUCUUCAGAACCUGUUCUUGUAAUUGGAAAGCCACCUGUUAUUCCAGAUGAUUUGAGAUCUACUAUUGUAAAUAAGCAAGAUGUCAGUCUAAGAGAAGUUUCACUUUGUGAAGAUGAGAACUUGACUACAGAAACAUUACUGAAGAUUAAGAAAGCAUUUUCUGACUCUGGAAGUAAUCUUCACAAUCUGAUAGCAGAUACAGAGUCUUCACUAUUGGAACUAACAGAAGAAAAGCUAAAUGGAACUCCUCAUCUCACAGGGUUCAGUCCAGUGAAAGAACAGUUAGCUGAAGUUUCAAAAAAUCUGGCAGUUGCAGAAUCAAAGGAUAAGUUUGAUCAAUUAAUUGAUCAGUCUUCUGCCACUGGCUGUCAUCAAUUGAGGAAGGAUGAAAUCAGAGUUGUAGAGAACUUUUUCCAAAACCCUGUUGAGAUUGAGCUUCAGACUCAGAAAUUGGACACAGAAAAUGUGCCAGAACUUACUGUGUCUCGGGUAAUGACUAGUGAGGGCAAGCUGAAUUUUCAGGAAAGCCUCUCCAAAGAUAACUUAAAUUCACUUGGAAGAAAAGAACGGGGAGUAGAAUUGGAGCAGUCAAAAAUAUUGGAAGGCUAUGAGCUUAAAUACUGUAAUUCAGAGACAGAAAGUGUGAAAUCUAUUGCUGGGGUACAAAUUCCUGCUUCACAGUUGCUAGGGUCCAGAAAUAAAACUGGAAAACACAGUGGAGAGACUAGAAGUUAUGAUAAAACUACACCAAAAACUUUACCUGCUUCUGAUCUUGGGAGGGUUUCUGACCACAUACAAUGGUUCAAUAAGCUUUGUUUAAAUGAUCCAUGUUCAGCAAGCAAAGCUAAACCGCCCCUCAAGUUUCAACGUACUCCUGUCCGCCAGUCUGUAAGAAGAAUGAACUCUCUAUUGGAGGCCAGCAGACAGUCUGUAAAUUGUAAAUUGGCAAAACCUAGUGAUGCUUAUUCUCCACUUGCUAAAUCAGUGAGCUAUGAUUCUGCACUGUUCUCCUGUCUAGAAGAGUCCUCAAAGAAUUCCACAACAUCAUCCAGUUGUGAAACUGUACAUCAAGUCCUCAUGUCAUAUAAAGAGAUGGAUUUAAUUCCCAAAUCUCAUUCCAAACCAUUAAAUCCAGUAGAGAAGGAUGAUGUUUCUGUGAGAAUUGUUAGAAGCUGCAAACAGAAAGUGACUGUUUUAGAAGACCUAACUAAUCAUGAAGUGUCAAAAGCUGCUGUUAAACUGAGUACAAAUACAAACAUUAUUGGUGCUACAUCAGAUAAAAAUAUCCUUACAAAAAAUGCUACUGGAAAGGCUCGGUACAGGGGAUCUCCAAAGAAUCCAAUAUCAAAAGCUAAACUUCUUCCAUCUACUAAACCUGUAGACUUAUAGGUUUUAAAAAUUGGCAGUUGAAUUGGUUAACUAGAAUUUCUGUAAUAUUCUUUGGGAAAACUAAGUCUAGAUGAGCUUUAGCUCUGAAUUCUUUUGUAUAAUGGGAUUUUUAAUUGUAAUUGUUUUAAUUUGGUGUAUGUUUAGAUUUGUACAGAUGUCAUUAAUUGUAUAUCAAUAUGAUUUUCCGUUUACUGUAACUUUAUGACUACUAGUUGUCUGCUAUUUUCAAUUGACUGGAUUCUGAAAAACAAAAAUCUAGCUUAAUUUCUAAACACUUUAAGUUGUAAUUGUUCAUGGAAGGCCAUCUCAAACCGUGUGGGAUGCAUCCUUUUAGAAGUAGGCAAACUAAUUCUUGCAGUGUCCAGACAAGUGUAGUAUUUUAUUUUAAGAAACAAUUGCCAGAAGUUUUUAAAAACCAAAACCAAUGCUCACACAAGAAAAUGGCUCACUGCUAUCCAUCAGGAUGUGUAAAACUCAUUUAUUAUUGCUACUUUUAUUUCUUUAUAUGUAUAUAUUUUUUUAACACUACAGUGACUAAAUGGCAGUAGUCUAGCUUAAGCAUUGACCUAGACUUCUCUACUGCUCUGAUUUUACUGUGUGGCUUUUUUCAAUAGGUAGAUAAAUCUCUGUCCUCACAGUUGGGUUUCUGUGUACAUACCAGUUGCAUUUAUCUGUGCAUGUGCACAUGAGAGAAGUAGUUGAGUAUAUAGGAAAUAAAUAAGCAGAAUGUGGGCUUAAUAUUGUACCCCUGAAAACACGGAUGUAUCUGUUUUGUGCAUGUUACCUUGAGUUUCUGUCAGUGGUAAAGUAAGGUUUUAUGUUAAUAGAUAAUAUGCUGGUCUUAACUUAUUUUUCUAGAGCAAAGAAAUGUAGCUGAUCAUAUGAUACAAAAGUAGAUUUAAGACAAUGUCACUGAAAUAAUGAGACAAAUGUAAAAAGCCAUACUGUGUUUAAAACUUCAUUUGCACAAACAAAUGUUUACAUCUGUCUUAGAAUUUAAAUUGUUUACAUGUUAUCCAUUGUAAAAUUAUUUAAGACUAAAAAUCUUGAAUUAUGACAGUUACUUUCUAUGUAUACAGCUUGCUUGUUGGCAGGAUUUAAGAGCUGAAAUCAUUGCAUAUGUACUUUCUUUUAGUAUAAGUUUGCUCAUCCUAUUUGAGUUUUGUAAAUGUUCUCUCUACAGUGCUUUUAUACCUUGCAGCACUAAUCUCUAUUUUUGUGUAGGUAAAUGAUCAAUGACAGCUGGAAUUCAGAUUUUUGCUGUUUGUAAGAGAUUGCCAACUCCAGCACUUUCACCAACCCUCUGAAACUACCAGAAAAUAAAAAUCCCCUUCUUCUAAUUCUUCAUACUCCCCAAAAGCAAGAUCAGAGAGGUUCUUAAUGGUAUGUUUAAUGUUCAACAGACUUAUGCUGUGUUGGGCAAGGAAAGGAAUGUCUUUCAGACUUAAUGGACCCUUUACUCUUGGUGCGUGGGCAUGCACGCAUCUAGAGAGAUUUUGCUAUACCACACCCACGUGCUCCUACUAACAAUUCUAGUAUGAAGUAAUGGGCAAAAACAUCUACAAGCCAUGUAAAUUGCAGACACAAGAAGCCUUUGUAGGUCAAAAUUCAAUAUUGAUUCUAUUCAGAAACUAAUAGCAUGUCAAGACAGCUCAUAGACCAUACAUGUAAUAAGCUCAUACAGUAGAGUGCUGGUAUUUGUAUACUCUAGGGUUGAAUAGAAGCUUAAGCCAAUAUGCAGAAUACAGGUGUGUGAAAAUGCAAAUGCAUGGCAGGGAAGAUCAGAGGGGGAUAGGAGUUUGUGUGUGUGAGACAGGUAGGUAGGUAGGUUGUGGUGGGGUGGAGAAUGGGCAAGAGAGUGGAAUGUUGACCACUGGUAAAAUGUAGACGGUUACCUGGGGUUAUUGGUUGGCAGGCAGGUUGUAAUGUGCCAUAAAUCCAAUAUCUAUAUUUAGUUCAUGGUUUGUUUUUUUUUGUAUCCAGUAGUUUCAUGAAGCAAAGUCUGUAGGCUUGUCUACGAAAGGUAUUUUGUAAAUUCCCUUUGAGGAUUAGAACUGAGAGAUUGGUGAGUGGUUGUCUUGUGAGAAAUGUGCACCCACAGGUAGUAAUUGGGUAUUUUUAUCGUUCAUAGAUUUUUGGUGUGUUCAUUCUGAUACUCGAUUGUUUGGCUUAUCCUACAUAAGUUCCAUCAGGACAUUCAGUGCCCUGGAUGAGAUGCGUUACAGUUUUGGGGGUGCAGGUAUAAGAUGCAGGAAUGGUGAUGGUUCUGCUGUGGGAUGUAGUUGUGGGAGGAGUGGAUAAGUGUUGGCAGGCUUUACAUUUGUCCUGGCAUGGUUUGGAUCCACUUGGUGUGCUUUGGGCCAUACGAAGUUUUGCUUUUUGGUGAUGAGGUUGUCGAGGUUUGGUGCCUGUUUAAAGGCUAGGAUGGGUGGUUCUGGGAAGAUCUCUUUAAGAAUUGGGUCUUCUUCUAUGGGUUGCAAUUGUUUGAGGAUUUUCUGUAUAGGUUCCAGGGAAGGAUGGUAUGUCAUACCUAAUAGUGUGUGAUUCGUGGGAAUGUUCUUUUUGUAUUGCAACAAUUCUUCAUGCAGUAUCUGGGUGUCUCUUUCAAAAGUGUGAUCCCUCUCUGGAGGAGGGCCCUUAUUGGGUGAAAACUUUUGAGAGUUGUGAGGUGACAAUCCCAGGUGUUCUCCACAUUGCAAAUUUGGUGGUAUCGGAGGACUUGGCUAUAUAUUACAGCUUUCUUGGUGUGUUUAAGGCGAUUGCUGGCUCCGUGUAAAUGUGUGUUGGUCCAUGAGUUUCUUGUAUAUGGUGUUUUGUAUUUCACCAUUCUGAAUAUUGAUCAUAGUGUCUAAAAAGAAAACGUUAGUGCUGGAGUAUGCCAGAGAGAGUCUGCUGGAAGGGUGAUUAUUAAACUUGUGAUGGAAAUCAAUUGGAUUUCAGGUCAUGGGUGCAAAUGAUAAAGAUGUCAUCUAUAUACCUUAGACGGGUGGGCAACUACUUCGGCUGGAGGGCUGCUUAAUGAGCUUUGAGCUGUCGAGGGUCACAAGGGUAGCCCCACCCCUUAGUAGCCAUCUUGGGACCAGAAGUCAUGCCCCAAACCUCUGACCUUUGCUACUGAAAGUCCCUUCCCUUGCCCCUGGAAGUACUUCGUUUGGGAAGAGGGAUUGCCAUCAUAGAACCGGAAAAAACAACAACAAAUUGUGUACUAAAAAUCAAACAUCCAUAAUAUAUUUUUAAUUUAAUUGUAAAAAAUAUUGUCCUGAUUUGUUUGUGUAUAUAGAAGUGAUUGCAUAAUAGCUCAAAAUGAAAUUUUACUCUUCUA